UACUAUAUGUCAUCUGAGUUGCGCCUGAGUACCGGGCAAAGACUGUAUUGUUUUUAUUUAAUUUUAAAAUAAAUAGUUGUGUAUGAAACUACUACGUAAAGACACAAUAAACUUUAAAGAAAUUUAAAUGUCGAAAUUAGUAUUAAACCAGCUGACACAUCCACAGCGUGUGCGAUUGCUAUAUAAAACCAUAUUAAGACUACACCGAGGCCUACCAACAGAAUUGAGAGCUCUAGGCGACAACUACGUGCGCGAUGAGUUUCGACGGCAUCUCAAAUGCAAUCCAAUGGAGGCACAGCUUUUCAUGACUGAAUGGGCGCGCUACGCGUCGACGAUCACUCAACAGCUGGGACUGCGUGGUAAACCGAAGGGCGAGCUGGGCGAACAAUUGGAUGUACAGGCGGUGGAAAUGCUCAAGGAUGACCAGGUGGUGCAGCUCUAUGAGCUGAUGCUGGCUGCAAAGGGACUCCACGGUGAUACGAUAACAGCGGAUGAUGUGCGUGGCAGUAACAAAUAAAAAUAUUGUUUUGUUUAUUGUUUUUCCAAUA